CGCAAUGUUGGUGGAUGGAUCAGUGUAAGCCCGACUCCCAUCCGGCUGGGAUGGACGUGCCUCGUACGCCCUGAGAUUGACACGGUUGGCCGAUAUGGAUAUGGUCGUGAGGUCGAAUAAGUAUUGUUUCUACCUGUUGAUACUCUACUUCUGCAACGGAGCAGGUCUACCUUUGAGGUGGGCGAGGAUCCGGAGGGAGCCGCGCUACACAGACGAAUUGAUAUCCUACUUAACUCAGUUUGGCUACCUCCCAGAAUCUGACCACGAGACUGGAUACUUAAGGACGGAUGAUCAAUUAAAACAAGCAAUGAAGCAGUUACAGCGUUUCGGAAACAUCCCUGAGACUGGCGAGAUGGACGAGGCGACGAGGGCCUUGAUGUCUCUCCCGAGGUGCGGCGUCAAAGACUUUCCCGUCGAGACGAGCCGGAGAAAAAAAAGAUUUACAGUCCAGGGUGAAAAAUGGCCUUACACCAACUUGACAUGGAGUUUGAGAACGCGCAGUUUCCGAAAUACCAUAGACUAUGGCAGGAUCAGAGCGGAUCUCUACAGGGCUCUCAACCUGUGGUCCAAACAUUCCAACUUGUCUUUCAGAGAAAUUAACAGCGAUAAAGCCGAUAUACUCAUCUAUUUCCAAAAAGGAGAUCAUGGCGAUGGGUUUCCUUUCGACGGGAUAGGUCAAAUACUAGCCCAUGCUUUUUUUCCGGGAGAUGGCCGCGGCGGGGACGUCCAUUUUGACAUUGAAGAGAUGUGGAUUCUAACCGGCGAUGAGGAACAGGAAGAAGGGACGAACUUAUUCGCCGUAGCAGCUCAUGAGUUUGGCCAUUCUUUGGGCCUAUCACAUUCAUCAGUGCGUGGCGCACUAAUGUACCCUUGGUACAAAAGAAUAAGCUCUGACUUUGAACUGCCUGAAGAUGACAUGCACGGGAUUCAACAAAUUUAUGGGGCAAAAAGUCGUCUUUGGGGGAAGGUUUACGGUGAUAAACCCAUCAGAUGGCCAUACAGACCGCCCAAAAAGGUGACUCCGGCUUACAUACCAACAACCAGAAGAACGACGACGACGACAACAACAACAACAACACUUCCUCCACCAACAAGUUCACCCACCCCAAAAGUAGACAAACCAGAUGGAUGCAAUUCUUCUUUCGAUGCCCUCUCAAUUCUGCGGAGUGAGUUCUUCAUGUUUAAAGGAAAGUAUUUCUGGAGGUUUGAUAAUCAUGGUUUACUCCCUGGUUACCCUGCCCUUAUAUCUAGGCUGUGGAAUGAUCUUCCUUCUAAUUUUACACACAUAGAUGCAGUUUAUGAAAAACAGGACAGAAAUAUAAUUUUCUUUAUAGGUCGUAACUACUAUAUUUAUGAUGGCUCAGUCCUCAUAGAUGUUUUUCCUCUUAUGAAGCUCGGUCUUCCUCAGGAUCUCGAGAAGAUCGAUGCCGCCCUUGUCUGGGGUUACAACAGCAAGACGUAUCUAUUCAGUGGAACAGUGUACUGGAGGCUUGAUGACGAAAAAGGCACUGUUGAGCUGGAUUAUCCUAGAGAUAUAAGGAACGUCUGGAGGGGAAUUGACUACAAUAUCGAUGCUGCAUUACAGUGGAAAGAUGGAUUGACAUACUUCUUCAAAGGGAAAAAUUUCUGGAAAUUCAAUGACAUGAGAAUGAAAGUUUUUAACGACACACCUCUUCCGUCCGGCCCUCACUGGAUGGGCUGUCCCGCUGUGGAAGAGCCUAAGAAAAAAGGCACCCCGACAGGCGAUCCAAAACUGAACGAUCCAAACAAAUCUUGCAAGUCAUUCUGUGACACUUCAGUGAUAUUUUUAUUAUCACUGUUAAUUUUAAGCAAUGUACCCUUCUGAUCGUUACUGAUUUGUUGGCCUGGUCUAAAUAUAUCUGUUGUCGGAUAUUUUUGCCUUGAAAAAACACUAUUAAGACUGAGUAUAGUGUAAAGCAGGCAUCAGGUUUCUUAAAAAAAUAAAAUAAAUAAAAAUAAGGUUGAUAAAGAAUCCAAUAAUAGUCUAUUCAAUGACAGAUAGAUUAUUAUCAAAAUAUGCACCUCAUUGGCAAUGCAAAACAUAAUCUAUUGUAAACUUUAAAAAAAUAUAUUACUAGUUUCUAGUAAUUUAUUUUUAAUGUUGAGUGAUGUCAGAUGUUUCUAUUUUAGCUUGAAUAUUGUGAUACUUUUAACUCCAGUGUUUUGUGAUAUAUUGAGUAUGUCACAAACCGUAAUCCCAAUAUUUUAUACGUUCUUACGAGGGAUGUGACUUAAAACACUAUCAAAACUGCCUUUCUGGAGUAACAAUUGCAUUUAUAAUUAAUCAUUUAUUUUUUCUAAUGACUGAUAGAUUGUAAUAGCUGAAAAAAGCUUUUAAUUAUUUAUAAAAUUAAGUCAAAAUUAGUUUUAUAUAAAAAUUAUGGAGCUAGUCUUCAAAAGUAAUACUGAUGUGUUAAGACAGACAAAAGAUUUUCGAAUUAAAAAAAUGUAAUUUUGAUAAUGUGUCGUCCCUUUAAUUGUUGUGUACUAUAUGUUGAAUUUCUAUGGAUUUUAAAAAAAUUUUAUCAUCUCUAUAUGGACUAGUUGUUGGGGCUUUACUAUCUAUUAUAGAGAAACUAUUAUUUUGGUAUGUUUAAACCUGAUUUGGGUGCACUAAAUUACUAGUACUUUGUAACAAAGUUCACCAGGAUUUGAUGUGUUUUUCCUCAAAAAUUUAACUCUUUUUUUUCAAAUCCCUUGAGUAAGGUGUUCAAAAAAAAAAUAUAAAUACAAAAUGUACAGCAGUUCAUUAAGAUAAGUUUU